CUAUCAUAGUUUGAUACCCUACUCUCCCUUAUCCUGUCCAUUCUCCAAAACAAACCAGUUUUACAUUCCCAAUUUUCAUACCAAAACCUUGAAUUGCCAUGUCAAGGGAAGCUACUUGGAGCAGAGAUGAAGAGAAGGCUUUUGAGAAUGCCAUUGCAACUCACUGGACAGAGGAGGACCCAAAAGACCUGUGGGAUAGAAUUGCUUCCAUGGUUCCUAAUAGAAGUAUGGAAGAAUUGAAGCAGCAGUAUCAAAUAUUGGUGGAUGAUGUGCUUGCUAUAGAGGCUGGCCGUGUGCCAAUACCUACUUAUAUAGGAGAGGAAGCAACACCUUUGAGUGAAGAUUCACAGAGUCUUUCAAGGAUUGCAGUGAAUGAGAAGAGAUUGAAUGGCUGUUAUGGAAGUGGGUUGUCUGGUUUGAGUCAUGAUGAGUCUUCUGGUCAUGGAGGUGGUAGUAAAGGAGGAUCCAGGUCAGACCAAGAGAGAAGGAAAGGGAUUCCAUGGACAGAAGAAGAGCAUAGGUUAUUUCUACUUGGUCUUGACAAGUUUGGAAAGGGGGAUUGGCGAAGCAUUUCCAGAAACUUUGUGUUAUCAAGGACUCCUACACAAGUGGCUAGCCAUGCCCAAAAGUACUUCAUCCGCUUGAGCUCCAUCAACAACAGAGAUAGGAAGAGGACUAGCAUUCACGACAUCACCAGUGUCAACAAUGGAGAUGUUGCUUCUCAUCAACUACCCAUCACUGGCCAGCCAGCCACCCCAACCCCACCGGGGUCUAAACACAGGGCUCAGCCACAUAUGGGUGGUUUAGGGAUGUAUCCAGCCCCGGUUGGGCAUCCGAUUCCCGCUCCGCCAGGACAUAUGGCUUCUGCUGUUGGGACUCCUGUUAUGGUUCCUCCUGGGCAUCAUCAUCAUCAUCAUCCUCAUCCCCACCCUCACUAUGCUGCCCCAGUUGCUUACCCAAUGGCUCCACCAACAAUGCAGCAGUAGAAAGUGUGUUGGGUGAAUAAUGAAGAGAAUCAAUGAGAGGUUGACUCAAUGUUUUCUUUCGACUUUCUUA